AUGGCAUGUUUAAACAUGUUCAACAACGAUCAACAAGCCAUCUGCACUUCCUUGGGUCCAAGAAUCUCCUUCUCCAGCGACUUCUCCGAUACCCAACAACAAAUCACCAAGCACGACACGAUCUACAGAGAAGCACCGGUCUCGUCGGAUUUCGAGUUCUCCGUCUCCGGCGACUCAAUGAUCACCGCCGAUGAGCUUUUCUUCAAGGGGAAGUUGCUGCCAUUGAAGGAUAACUGUGCGAAGAUGACUCUGAGAGAUGAGCUACUUGUCGAAGAUGAUGGUGAUUAUGAACAUGUGUUGCCGAGACUGCCGAAGAAUUCGUGUCGGUGGAAGGAAAAGUUGGGUCUGAAGAGAAAUCAGAUUUUUCUAAAGAAAUGCAAUGGAAAUGAUAAGAGUUUGGAUAGCAUAGAUGAAGUGAAAGAGCCUGUGUUUGUUCCUCGUGAGGAGAUCUAUGCCGGUGACUUGACAG